CGUGUUUUCCUAUUCAAUAUUUUAAAUUAUACAAUUCUAAUUCUAUAUUUAUACACAGUUUAUACACAGAAUAAAAUACCAAGCAGAKRCUGUAUCAUUCUGUGUUGCUAUGCUGAUUAAAUUGGAUGGAGUGAUGAACUGAUGAUCAGAGGCGUCUGGAUGGCAUGAUGCCCAAAUAUAUCCAAGAUCUAAAGUAGGUACCGAGAAAUCAGUCAUUUUGUAAUUUAGUCACAGUCUCGUUUAUCGUCAACUGCUCGACCACAGAAUGGAUUAAAUAUAGUCGACGGUUGUUGAACAUUUUACAGUUCAUGGUAGAAACAACACUCUAUAGACUAUAAUGCAACAGUUUUCGGUGGUUGAUUYGUGAUUUGUGACUAAAACUUUUUUCACCAAAUAAUCAAUAAAUAGCUUGAGUAAUCUCCGGUUGCGUUUGAUUUGUGCAAUUGUUUCUUGUAACGGUUGAGAUUGAGCAGUUUGGACGACUCGAAGAUGUUUGCAAAAWAUGUUAGUUGUUUAAUUUUCAUUAGUUAACAGUGCGUAUUGUGUUACAUAUUCGAUUUCAUCACCAUUUUAUUAUAGACUGCGCAGCUCAUUGUGUUCCAUACCGGUUCCUAACAUAUUAUAUUCACCGCAUUUAUUGUUUAUUUAUUUAACGUUUUCAAAUAUUGUUGACAAUUAUCGUAUCGCGUGUACUGUUUACGUUUCAUAUUUAUUCAUCAUGUUUUCYGAUAUUGACGUUAUGAAUGUGUUUAACGACGGUAUUAUGUCUUCCGAAAUCGAUCGGUUGUUCUAUACGGAAUGUUUUCAAAAAAACGAAAUCAUGGGUGAGGUGUAUAUUACGUUUGCAAAGUURCCUACUGCUGCAGAUAAAUUUCUAUACACUUAUAAUCUACUAAAAAAAUAUAAUAGAUUACCUACGGAAUGUAACUUGACAAAUCCCAAAAAUAACAAAAAAGCUCGACAAAUUAGAGUCGAUGCAAAUAUUAAGUUUCAAAAUGGAGAGUAUAACUCUGCUUUUUAUGAGUACAAUAAAAGUGUUAUGACUGCAAAAAUCAAUAGUGAAGACUACGCAUUGGCUUUGGCAAAUCGUUCAGCUGCCCUCUAUCAUCUAAAAGAAUAUGAUGCUUGUAUCCAARACAUUCACUGUGCUUUAGCAAAUAAAUAUCCAACUGAACUGUCAUAUAAGUUAUAUGAAAGAGAAGUAAAAUGUCUAAAACAUAUAGGAAAUUUAUCACAAGCCAAAUUAAAAUUUAAAGAAUUUUUGUCCCAUUUAACUCUAGCCACUGUAUCCAAAGACAAAAAAAAAGACAUCGAAAUGAAAAUGAAAAAGUUUUUAAAGGAAACUAAUAUAAAUGAGAAAAAUAAUAAGGAAGAUACACUAAAUGUAAUUAAAUUAUUUGGAGGUCCAAAUAAAAAUAUUCCAGCAUUGUCCAAAUUYGUUAAAAUGAAGUAUUCAGAAUCAAUGGGUAGAUGUUUGGUUGUUUCAUCAGAUAUUAAUCCAGGAUUUGACGAAUACAUUUCAACUGUGUGUGCUUUGAAUGCUGAUACUACUGAUCCAAUGAUGCGAGGCUUUAAUAAUAAUGGAAAAUAUUUAUCUGAUCAAUUUUGUUCUGUUUACACGUUGGAAGGAAAUGAAACUAAAAGAACAGUAAGCGAUCUAUUUUCAAGACAUUGUUAUGCUGCUGUCAUGGUUUCAAUUAUGACAUUAGCCGGCCUACAAAUACCAAAUCAUCAAUUAGGUACUGUUGGUGAAUCAUUAGUUCAUAUUAUAUGUGUAGUUUCUUCUAAUGCUCAUGGUAUAUCACAAUCCUUGGAUUGUGAGACACAAUUUAAGAAGAGUCUUGAGGUUAAUAAAAGAUUUAUACCAGUUGCUUCUUUGUUAAUGCCAGUGUUGAGCUUACUAAACCAUCAUUGUGAUCCUAAUGUAGUAAGACACAACUACAAUGGAACUAUAGUCCUCACUGCUAUUCAGCCUAUUUCUAAAGACUCACAGCUUUUUGAUAAUUAUGGUUUAUUGUAUGCUACACAUCCCAAAGAAUUUAGACAUCAAAUACUUAAAAACCAAUAUUGUUUUUGUUGUGAAUGUUCAACUUGUAAAGACAAUUGGCCGUUGUAUGAUGUAUUAGCUGAUCAGCCACGAUCAGAAUGUAAAAUACUUACUGACAUCAGUUAUAAYUUGUUACAAAAAUCAUCGAUCAAGUUGUAUGAAAUAAUUAACAAAAUUCAAUCAAAAGAAUGUGAUGGUCUCCAAUACAUUCAGUUCUUGUACUCUCAUUUGAAACUUCUUCACAAUAAUAUAAAAAGACCCUGGAAAGAGUACUGUGACUGCCAAGAAACUAUCAAAGAGAUUCUCUAUAGUACAAACAAUAAGUUUAUUAUUGAAGAUAAUUAAUAAUUGUUAAAUAUAUUGAGGAGUUAUUUUUUUUAAUCAAAAACAU